GACAGAGCUAUGCAUGUCUUAUAGGUGGAGCUGGAGCCCUGCUGCUCAUAGUGCAGAGGGAAGAGUCUGUCUGACAGGAACCAUGCAGAAAGCAGCGGCGCUGAUCUUCAUAACUAUCUGUGCUCUUUCAGCACCGUCAUGGGUCGAAGGCAUCAGGAGAUCCAAACCUUCUGCAUCAGUGGGCCCCGCCCAACAGUUUGGUUCCACUUCCCCAACACCUUCAGCCAACACCACCACCACAACACUUAAACCCACCACCACCACCACAACACUUAAACCCACCACCACCACCACAACACUUAAACCCACCACCACCACCACAACACUUAAACCCAACACCACCACCACAACACCUAAACCCACCACCCCAACACCUAAACCCAACACCACCACCACAACACUUAAACCCACCACCCCAACACCUAAACCCAACACCACCACCACAACACCUAAACCCACCACCACCACACCUAAACCCACCACCACAACACCUAAACCCACCACAACCACACCUCCUUCAACAACUCCCUCAACCAACUUGACAGUUGGAAACUACAAUCUGACACUCAAAGGACAGAUAUGUCUGAUGGCCCUGAUGACUCUACAGAUCCGACUCACAACUGAACAGGCUAACGGGACUUUUAUUGUUCAGCCAUCAAAGACGAAAGCUACUGGUGAAUGCGCGGAAACGAAUGCCAAAUUAACCCUCACUUUCCAGGAAGGCUACAUAUAUUUCCACUUUAACAAGAGUGAAGACAUGGUCUACGCUGACACUCUGUCUUUCAGCCUCAACUACCCCUUCGAGAAAGGAGCUAAACUGCCAUACACUGCCUCCAACCAGUCCUUGCAUCUGUUCUCUGCACGGACCGGACACUCGUACUCCUGCAAGAGUCAGUCUGUUGACAUGGGCAAAGGACUGUAUCUGGAUGUGACUCAAACUCGACUGCAGGCCAUUGGUCUACAGAACGCCAACUUUGGCAAACCGGACGCCUGCCCUGCCGACCAGCCGGACUAUCGGGUCGCCAUCGCGGUGGGCGUGACCCUGCUGAUACUCAUUGUGGUGGUGAUAAUUGUGUACUUUCUGGGUCGCAGAAGGAGGACGGAAGGCUACCAGUCUCUUUAAGCAGGAGGCGGCGGGCCGGAGUUUUACGAAGAUACCUACUCUCCUAUUGUGGCUUUUCUGAGCUUGACCGUAGCCCCAAGAGGACAUUUUUACAAACCCACACGUUAGUCCUGUUUUUUUUUCUUCCCCAGCUCCCAUCCACAGAGACUGAAAAGUGCCAUUUAAAGAAUUGCAGUUAAUGAGCUCAUGAGCACUUUACUCCCCAAAGUCCAGCCUCAGGUUAUUGUCUGCUGGUUGUUUGGUCCAAAAAUGUCAUUUUAUCUUAAACAAGAAGGCAGGGGAUCGCUUUUAGAUCUACAUCUUCAGAUAUUAAUACAAAUAAACCACUAGAAGAAAGUUCUAAGAUAAUAUAACACAACCUGUGGUAACCUCUUCUAAUUGUUCUUCUUGAGGUUAUUUUUUGCCCAACAGGUUUCCAAUGAGGCUGAACAGACGGGUUUAAAAGGCUCAUUUAAAAAAAAACAACAACAAACCCCCACGAUUAAAAAUGGGAAUCUUUGUUUUGCCUCACAGUUGGGUGGAAAUGCUAAAUAACUGACUGGAGACACUAAAUAUUUCCAUAAACUGACUCAGUCUUGAUGUCACGAAGCAGCCAGGGGAUUUAACUUUUGUCUUAAAAUAGUUAAAAGUUGUUUUUUAUAAAUUCCAAUGAAAUGUUCUUCCCAAAAUUCUUUUAAUUUGAAAUGUAGAAUUAUGUACUGGCUAAGUAGAAACCAACGGAAGACUACUUUUUUACAGCUCUUUUAUUAUUACUGAUUAAUCAGAAAUAUUUUGUUAAUCUUGGAAAUGUUUUCCUUCUGCUGCACAUGCUUUAUUGAAUGAUAACGGGUAUGAAUACGUAAGGGAUUUUGCUUCCAUAUUUCCACUGCUGUUCCUCAGCCUUUGUCUUUGUCAGAGCUGCGUGUCUCUAACUGUGGUGUUCUCAAAUCAUGCACUGGUUUCGAGGGAUUGUAAGGGAUGAUUGAAAUUAUGAUUCAGACCAAUAAUUCAGAAGCAGGAACGUUUCUCAGACUUUCAGUUUCUUGUAAAAACAUCAGAAGCUGCCCCCUGCUGGUCAUUGGAAAGGCUCCAUUCUGACAUUGUUGCUCUGAAUCUUUGAAGUAACUAUUAAUCUCUGUUUUUUAAAUCUUCCUUUUCUUGUAAAGUGUGAAUAUUUUACUGUCAAUUAAGGAAUCUUUCUUGUUUUCAGUGAUCUAGCUUUAGCUUCAGUAGAAACUCUUGCUCACCUGUGCAACAAAAGCAGAAUCAAAUGUGCCUUAUUUCAACUUUGACCUCAACAUGAAUCCAAUGUGGCAGGGAAUCCGCUGCAGACGCCCAUUUGGCAUUUUUAAUGGCUGGUCUGUGGCGUCACGACACAACAUUAAGAGUUUUGAAAAAAGAACAAAAAAGGGAAUCACUUUUGCUGCGUCGGAAAUAAAAGGAAGUAGUUAUAAAUGAACUAUUCCAGAACAGAUAGUGAAUGGAUUUUUAAAGGAAUAAUUUUAUAUUUUUGUUUAAGAAAGGGAAGAACAGAUUAAAAAGUGAACAAAUAUCUAUAUUUGUGCUUAGAAGUUCUAAUAAAUUCACUCAACUGAAUUUGCUGUUUUCUCAAAAGACGUAUGGUACAGAAAGGAGGACAUGAAGUGUACAGUCUGCAGUAACUUUGUAUUUGAUUACUUCAAUGCUUUUUACUGACUUCCAAUAAAAAUGUUUCUAAAGG